AUGAUUUUAGAAUUAAAGGGAGAAGAGAUUGUUCGGGCUGAUCCACAUAUAGGGUUACUACAUCGUGGUACUGAAAAAUUAAUUGAGUAUAAAACAUAUUUGCAAGCUUUGCCUUAUUUUGAUCGUCUGGAUUAUGUGUCUAUGAUGACCAAUGAACAAUGUUACUCAUUGGCUGUGGAAAAGUUGUUAAAUAUCGAGGUCCCUGAACGUGCAAAGUACAUUCGGACUAUGUUUGCAGAGAUUACAAGAAUCUUGAAUCAUAUAAUGGCGCUCAUGUCACAUGCCCUCGACAUUGGAGCUUUAACGCCUUUCUUGUGGAUGUUUGAAGAACGUGAAAAGUUGAUGGAAUACUACGAACGUGUUUCUGGAGCUCGUAUGCAUUCCUCCUAUGUACGCCCUGGUGGUGUUGCGCAAGAUAUGCCUUUUGGUUUAAUGGAAGAUAUAUACCAGUGGUCUACUCAAUUUUCUUCACGUGUCGACGAAACCGAGGAGUUGUUAACUGGCAAUCGUAUUUGGAUAAAUCGUACAAAAGACAUUGGUAUAGUCACAAUUCAAGACGCUUUGGACUAUAGCUUUUCGGGAGUGAUGCUACGCGGAUCUGGAUUUAAAUGGGAUUUACGCAAAGUUCAACCAUAUGAUGCAUAUGACAAAGUUGAAUUUGAUGUUCCAGUUGGCACUACGGGAGAUUGCUAUGAUAGAUAUCUUUGUCGUGUUGAAGAGAUGAGACAAAGUUUGAGGAUUAUUCAUCAAUGUUUAAACCAAAUGCCUCCUGGGCCAAUCAAAAUUGAUGAUUGGAAAAUAUCACCUCCAAGUAGAUCCUCCAUGAAGGAAAACAUGGAGGCAUUGAUUCAUCAUUUCAAAUUAUAUUCGGAAGGUUAUUCUGUCCCUCCUGGCGAAACUUAUACUGCAAUUGAAGCUCCAAAGGGAGAAUUCGGCGUUUACCUGGUUUCAGAUGGAUUUGCUCAUCUUGCGGGUUCGGACUUUAUGGCCCGUGGACAUUACAUUCCUGAUAUGGUUACAG